AUGUGGCCACUAACAAUAAUCUUAUUUACAAAUAUUUUACUAGCAUUGUCACAGAUACAUAAAUUUAUGCUCAAAGAACGAGAAACUCUUAUAGAAAGGGAAUUAAAAAUGAUGGUCGGUUAUUCAAUUGAACUCAGUGCCACUGAAUUAGUAGCUAAUGAAAUAAUAAUGAACCUUAAGCGUAAAGAAAUAGAUUAUAGUUUCUGGAAUCCCAAAUAUUAUAAUCUAUUGAAACAUUUCUUUGAAUAUAAAGAGCUGGUGAAAGAUACUAAAUUGUACAAAAUACUGAAGAGUAUGCCCAAGGGUGCAGUGCUCCAUGGACACGACACAGGUAUGCUCGGUCCAGACUACGUGCUUGAAUUAACUUAUUGUGAUGACUUAUGGAUAUGUUUUAAGGAAGACCAAUCCGAUGUAAACUUCGUCUUUGCGAAACACCGCCCUACUGGAUGGUGUGCAACUAAAUGGGAACGAGCUAUGGAUAUAAGAAGAACUACGAAUGCUACAGAAUUCGAUGCAAAACUUAGAAAAUUCUUUACUCUUGUGGUCGUCAAUCCCCAAGAAGUUUACACAGAUUUGGAUACAGUAUGGGACUAUUUCAUGAAGUAUUUUAUCCGCACGGGACCUCUGUUCACUUAUAAACCAGUGUGGGAGAAGUAUUAUUACGAUACAUUAUUUGCUUUAAGAGAAGACAACGUCAUGUACUUUGAAAUUAGAACUGUAUUGCCACCAUUGUACGACUUGGAAGGCAAUAUUUAUAACUCCGUAGACACAGCCAAAAGUUACAAGCGAGUUACAGAAAAAUUCAAGAAAGAUUAUCCAGAUUUUUUCGGCGCCAAAUUGAUUUAUGCACCUGUAAGAUCAGUGGCUAGAGAAACUGUAAAAAACUAUAUCGAAUAG